UGUAAAUCAGCCAAGGAAACACAGGGGAAAGAGGGGCACUGACUCUCUUCUCUUCCUCAUUAGAGAGCGAGAGCCUCAUUUUCUCUCUCCUCGGAUUCAGAUUUCGCGCAAUUCCUCAAAUUCCUGAAAUUUGGAUUUCAAAAAAUUCAUCGUUUUCCUAUGAAGUCCGAUCUUAUAAUGACGGGACCUUCACGACCGUUCGAUCAGACCCCGAUUUCUCCCUCGCCGUCCGAUUGUUAUCACUGCAGUGAACUUCUCAAUUUUGUUAGUGGCAGAAAUGUGGUUGGCUUGAUAGCACGGAGAGAGAUUUCUCCUAGAGCAAGACAUGUACCGAGAAGGCGGUGGGGAGAAUCUUCUAAUAGGAAAACUCGUUCCUCCUCUGGGCCUAAGUGCGAAGCAACACGAGAUGCAAAACGUGGCCUUCUUUCAUGGGUUGAAGCAGAGUCACUUAAGCAUUUGUCAGCCAAGUACUGUCAUUUAGUGCCUCCUCCAAGGUCAACUAUUGCAGCAGCGUUCAGCCCCGAUGGAAGAAAACUUGCUUCGACACAUGGUGACCACACUGUAAAGAUAAUUGAUUGCCAAACUGGCAGCUGCUUAAAGGUUUUGAGUGGCCAUAGACGGACACCUUGGGUGGUUAGGUUCCACCCCUUGCAUCCUGAAAUAAUUGCUAGUGGAAGUUUGGAUCAUGAAGUUCGCUUAUGGGAUUUAAACACAUCAGAGUGUAUAGGAUCUCGCAAUUUCUAUCGACCUAUUGCAUCUAUUGCUUUUCAUGCCAAAGGGGAUCUCCUAGCUGUUGCAUCAGGACACAAGUUGUAUAUAUGGAACUACAACGGGGAGCGUUCCUCUCCAGACAUUGUAUUGAAAACAUGGCGUUCACUUAGAGCAGUACAUUUUCACCCCCAAGCUGCUCCAUUUCUCUUGACUGCUGAGGUCAAUGAUCUUGACUCUUCAGAUUCCUCAAUGACACUAGCAACAUCUCCCGGCUACUUGCAAUAUCCAUCUCCUGCUGUUUUUGUGGCAAAUGUUCAUUCUAGAGAGCGUCUUAGUUUGGCUGCUGAACUACCACUUCUGUCCUUGCCUUUCGUCUUCGUGCCGCCAUUUGUAGAUGAUCCAAGAAUAGAAAUGCAGUGUGAAAAUGGGCCUGCUGGUUCAAAUAGCAUGCAAGUCACUUCUGCUUCAAUGCAGUUUCAAGCAGAUGUAAAUGCAGCAGAGCUGGAUGGUAGCACAGCUUCUCCCAUGGAGACAUUUUCAUCAGUUCAAACUGCCUCCCAUUCGAACGCUGAAGAAAAUGCAGAUAAUUCUCACCUUAAUGGAACAGUAAGUGGUGUUUGUGACCGCACAGGAGAUUCAAUGGAGACUGAUGAGAUGCAGGGUGUAGGGGGAAGCCAACGUGGAAGCUUUACUAAUUUAGAUUCUGCUAAUGAUAGAGUACCAGAAAAUAUUUCAAAUCAUCUUGAUUUUGGGCAACCUCAUAGUAGUUUUCCUUAUAGAGAUCCAGCAUUUUGGGAGCUACCUUUUCUCCAAGGGUGGUUAACUGGCCAAAGCCAAGUUAGUUUUCCCUCGAUGCUACCUCUUAAUCAUGAUGGGCAUGACACUUCUAGUUUAAUGUCACAUCUGUCUGCUCAUAAUGUGGAGGCUGUGGCAGCUUCUUUAGCAAUGCCAGGAAGCACCAGCCUAUCUGGAGUUUCUGGAAGAUCUGGUUUACAGCACUAUUAUCCGCAUUUCCGCUACUCUGUACCAGAUUCUGGGGAUGAUGAUGCUUCUUUAAAUACCCUACAUGAUGGGAAUGAUGCUCAGCCCAUUAUUAGUAGAAUCCAGUCUGAAAUUACUACAUCACUGGCUGCUGCAGCAGCUGCGGAGUUACCAUGCACUGUGAAGCUAAGUGUAUGGUCACAUGAUAUAAAAACUCCUUGUGCUCCGCUCAAUGAUGAAAGAUGCCGCUUAAUCAUUCCCCAUGCUGUUCUUUGCAGUGAAAUGGGUGCUCAUUUCUCACCUUGUGGGAGAUUUUUAGCUGCCUGUGUGGCAUGCAUGCUGCCUCAUACGGAAGCUGAUUUUGGACUACAAAGUCUAGUCCAUCAGGAUUCUGGAAUUGCAACAUCCCCAACUAGGCACCCAAUCUCAGCACACCAAGUCAUGUAUGAGCUUCGCAUAUAUUCACUUGAGGAGGCAACAUUCGGGUCGGUACUUGUGUCUCGGGCUAUCAGAGCUGCACAUUGUUUGACUUCAAUCCAGUUCUCACCCACGUCUGAGCACAUAUUACUUGCCUAUGGUCGACGCCAUGGCUCUCUUCUUAAAAGUAUUGUCAUUGAUGGGGAGACAACCUUACCUAUUUACACUGUUCUUGAGGUCUACAGAGUUUCAGAUAUGGAACUUGUGAGAGUACUUCCUAGUGCAGAGGAUGAGGUUAAUGUUGCUUGCUUUCAUCCCUUUGCCGGUGGAGGUCUGGUUUAUGGAACCAAGGAAGGGAAGCUUAGGGUACUCCAGUUUGAUGGUGCUCAUGGUGGGAACUCUGUUGGACCAAAUUACUUUACAGAGGAAAAUAUGGCCGUUGCGUUAUAGCGAGCAAGGACCCAUGACAUUGUAGAUAUUGGGAAGAAAAUUCUGGAACAGCUUCUGCAGUUUGUGCCACAUAGUUCCAGCUCUGUGCUUCUCUCAAAACAUGUUUUGUGGAGUUCAAAAUGGGAUGAUGAUGUGCAGAGGACUCAUAUAAACCAGUGAAAGAUGGCCGGGGUCCUAAAAGGCGGAGCAAUGAGCUUCAUUGAGAUUGAUGGCGGUGGUUAUGCACUUACAGGUGAUGACUAGAGAGAUGAGAGUUUCAUGCUGUACAUAUAACCAUGUUUGAUCGAUUAACAGACCUUUUGAAGUUGAUUUUGUAUUUGUGUAAUCGUAUCAAAUUGUGAAGUGCAAUUUUGGAUACGGAGACUUACUAUUCUCAAGUUCUAAAGAAGUAUUCAAGAACUCCCA